GUGAUGCGGGGGACAGGCCUUGGUGCUGGCGGUGCCGCUCCCUUGCCCGCCCCGCGAACUCGGAGCGCUUGCUGGCUGUGUUCUUUAACAGUAUUUUCGAUGGGAUUUUCUUUUCCUUCAUUGCCAUCUAUAGAAACUGAUGAAUAUUUUUAGGUCCAGCCUAGGUAUGGUAGUGAGUGAGUUUCAAAGAAAAGAUUAAUGCUGUAAAAGUUCUAAGCCUCCAUAUAUCACCAUGUCCUUCUGCCUGACUGAGAUGUUUCUGUGGUCUUUGAAGACCAACUUACGUAUUAGAGAUGAAGACAUUGGGAUCCACCAGUACAGUGACAAGAAAGAACCAGCAUCACGGAUGAAGCACAGUUUCUUAGAAGAGAAGCAAAAGCUAGCAGAAUCUCGAGAUUAUCCUUGGAUCCUGAAAACCAAGAGACCAGACAAACUGCGAGAUGCACUCAAGGAGGUAGAGGACUUAAUGCAGAACAGUCCAUGUGUGCUGAGCAAAUGGAAGAACAAACAUACCUGUCAGCUCCUCUUUCACUCAGGUAUUUUGGUGUCCCUAAGCCUUUCUGGGCCACAGCUGGAGAAGGUGGUGAUUGACAGGACCCUGGUGGGGAAGCUCAUCUCCAACACCAUCAGUGAUGCUGUUCUUACAGACACUUUCAUCAUCUUGUCAUUUGAGGACCAUAACCAACUCUGCUUUAUUCAGUUUACAAAGACAAUGGAUUCUCCCGAUGUAAACAAAAGACUGGAAAAACUCUCUUGUUUGGAUUCUAAGAUUUCUUAUGUUGAUAUACUUGGACCAGAAGGUAGAAGGAUGAAACGUCACCUGGCAAUAAACUGUAUGCAAGAUCUGGUCAUUUGCUGGUGGUCAGCAACUAGUGAUGGAGGAUGGCCUUGGUCUCCUAUUUCCUUUCAGAGGGACAGAGCCAACCUAUUGCUAUUAGUCUGUGCACAUGGCAAAUUGGAGGUGCUGAGUUACGUCCACACGGAGUGGGAGCCCCUGGAUGCCAGGUUCAGCUCUCUCCAGCCCCAGCAGGUGCUGACAGUGGAGCACUCGGUGUCCACAGCCAAGGAGCCCAUGGCCAACAGCUGUGUCUACAAGUGCGUCAGGAACAGAAUCCAGUGCGCCGCCAUCACCAGGAUCCCCCUGAGAGCCAAGGCCAUCAGCUGCUGCAGGGAUGUGACAGAAGACAAGCUGGUGCUGGGCUGUGAAGACUCCUCAGUAGUUCUGUAUGAAGCCUACAGCCAAAUGACUCUGUUGGCCCAAGCAGAGCUGCUCCCUGUUGUAAUAACCUACCACCCCUCUGGAGCUGUGCUGGUGGCUGGCAGCUCUCAGGGGGAGCUGCAGCUUUUUGACACAGCACUGUCACCGAUUAAAAUUCAGCUCUUGGCACAGGUCUAUUCACCUGAGGCAACUCUGCAAUUCAGUAAACACUGUGAGGUAUCCACCAGCCUCGUCAAGGUCCAGUGGGCUGCUUCUCCAGAUGCAUUUCCCAGUCCUGACAGCAUGGAUAUUCAUGAUCUUUUGUUGGUUAGAUUUGAUAAAGGACCCUUGGGAGUGCUUCACUUUAAACUUGGUGUGCUCACAAGAGGACAACUGGGCCUUGUGGAAAUCAUCCACCAGCACAUUCGUUAUGAUGAGAUACAGGAGGCAAUCAAUGUCCUGAGCACCAUGAACUGGAACACGAUGGGUCAGCAGUGCUUUAUCUGCCUGAGUGCCAUUUGCAACCACCUCCUUAAACAAAAGCCUACACCAGCCAGAGAAGCACAGCUUGAGGCAAGCCUUGGAACCUUUUAUGUUCCAACAAGGCCUCUCUUGGAUAGAACUGUGCUGGAGUACAGGGACCCCAUCAGCAGAUAUGCAAGAAGGUUCUUCCACCACCUGCUCAGGUAUCAGAGGUUUGAAAAAGCGUUUUUGCUUGCUGUUGACAUCGGUGCUCGGGACCUGUUCAUGGACAUCCAUUACCUUGCUCUAGAUAAGGGUGAAUUGGCACUGGCUGAAGUGGCAAAGAGAAAGGCUAAUGACAUUGAUGCAGAAUCAAUAACUACUGGAAUUGAACAUCUGGGGAAAUCAGAUGAAGAAGACCCAUCUUGUGAAGCUUUCACUGACCAAUCUGCAGAGCAGGGAGGAGGGUGCAACCCACCUGCUCCCGGCCCUGCUGACAGACCACCAGUGCAGAGCUGUUCCUGCAGACCCACCAGCUGCAGACUGGCAGAGGACACUGAGCCUGGAGCAGCUGGCCACACAACCUCCCUGAUCAAGAAAACCUUUUCCAGCAGCCAGGAAGGAAAUAUGAGAGCCAUUCCUUCAGAGCAGGACACUGGAGACAGUGGAUCUCUCCAAAUUGUGCACUUUGGGCUGGUGUGACUGGGUUGCCAAAGCAAAGAAGAGGAAAUCUCACCGAGGUGGUGAAGUUCGCAAGUUCUUCAGCAAACUUCCAGCCAGCCCUGGAUCUGACCACUGGCAGAUGACAAAACACUAGGCUUAGAAAAUACCCUGUUCUUAGACCUCCAAAUUAUUUCUGAGUUCAUAUUGAUAUGUCCAUGCACAGAGUGCCCUGUGUUUGCUUGUGGAGGGCAACUUGGCGACAUUUUCAUCAACUGUGUCAAAAAAGCAAGUAAUUGCUGAUCCCUCUUUACUGUACAAACUCAAUGCUGAAAAAUUUGGUGGGGUUGCUUGGAUGAAUCCAUAAGCUUUUCAGGAGAAAGUCUAUAAUUCUUUAUGCAUUAUAUGUUUUUACAAUCUUCACUUGGAAGCAGAUUUGAAUUUUCACUUAAGGCUCUGAUAACCGUCCUAUUGAGAUACCAGCAGAUAAGAUCUUCACUCAGGAUACCUCUGUGAAAGAGCAGCCUUUCACAGUCAGCAGCAUUUUUCAAAGAAUGCUUUCAAUUUUCAUAUCUAGAGAUAUCAUCUUAGUUGAAUAACCAUUAUUUUGCCUUGAAAAAAAGAUGCGGAGCCUCUUAAGCAUCAUUCCAUUGGAGUCCAGAUUUUAAUCUGCCUCCUCUAACCACAAAGAGAAAAUGCACUGAGAAGGGAACCUGUCACAGCCCUCUCUAUUUUUUUCUGGCAGUAAAGAGGGGUGAGCAUCAUCGUGGAUCCUUCCUCCCAUCACCUGAUGGAGUGCAGAGUGUAGAACCACGGAUAUUUUGUGCUCUGUCCUAGGCAUAUGUGUGGGUUAAUCUUGAGUUUUUUGGGGAGCACUGGGUGGUUGAAACCCGAAGCCAGAGAGCUUCUUGAAGUUGGUUUUAUGUGGUGAACGAAUCUGUAUGGUGGACUGAAAAUGAAAGUACGAUGAAAAAAAA